AUGAGUCAGUUUGGAGUGAGUGUUCGUGGAGGACACACGCGGGGUGGAUCAUGCAGCAGACAAACGUUUCCGUCCUCCUAACUUUUCCCAUGAUCCUCCCGAAGCCAUCCGAGGAGUGAUGUCAUCCGAUAACGUCACGGGCUCGGAGGUGACGUACACCUGCGUGCGCUUCUACGUGUCCGCCGCGUCCUUCUCGGUGCUGCUCUUCUUCAACCUCAUCAUCAACUGGACCAUCGUGCGCGAGGAGCGGCUGCGCUCUCACGCACGCUUCGUGCUGAUCUUCCACCUGCUCGUGUCCGCGCUUGUCCACCUGGGCACGAGCAGCGUCUUCUACUAUCAGAUCCACCUGGACGCGCGCCCGGGCCGCUCGGCGUGCGUGGCCUUGGUGACGGUUCUGAUCAGCAGCGCCUCCAACAUCCUGCUCACGCUCACGGUCAUGGCGCUGGACCGCUACUGCGCCGUGUGCCGCCCGAUGCGCUACACCUCGGCGUGCACGCGCGGGCACUGGCCCUGGCUCCUGGGGGCGCUCACGUGGCUCCUGGCCCUCCUGAUCCCGCUCAGUCUGUUCCUCCAGGCGGACGCCGGCGCCGGUGCGCACGAGGAGUGCGGGCGCGAGCAGCUGAAGAGGGGCGAGCUUCACAAAGUGGUGUUCAUCGGGCUGUGCGCGCUCGUCAUCCUCUACAGCUACGUCCGCAUCCUGCUGGAGGGCCGCCGCUUAGGGGUGCUCAACCGGCGCAACCGUGCCGGGUGCCGGACCAUCGCGCUGCACGGGACGCAGCUGACGGUUUACAUCCUCCCCAACUUCGUCAACUUCGUGCUGGCGGUUCUGCACAAGAGGAGCCUGAUCCGGCCGGAAACCAAGGAGCUGGCCGCCGUGGUCAUCUUUGCCUUCUUCAGCUUGGCGCAGUGCGUUGCGCCUGUUGUUUACGGUUUGCGCAAAGAGGAACUUCUGGAGCAGCUGAGUCUGCGGUUCCCCUGCUUCUCCCGCUACUUAAAGCAAGUCUUGGGCUGGACUGUGCGCGCCAACUGGACAUCAACCCGCCACAGAACACGGGAGCGAACGCUGACGGCCCAGACGAUGAUCUCUAGAGAGGUAUCAUACACCCCUGAGGAGGAAGCCAGGCCGAUGUCAGUCAGCAGCGUUGCACACGACCUACACCUGUGCCAAGCUUACACAGACGAUGCCUGAUAGGGAAGAAGCACAUACUAAAAGGAACCGCGUUGGACAGACAAACACCAGGCUCAUCCUGACCAGGGGCCCUUCAGAGCUGGAUUUACAGAACUGAAACCUCAUCUUACUGAUAUUUUUGACAGAGGAGGUGACCAAUUUGUUCUUGCACUUGGUUUCAGUGUGGAAGUUUCUCAGUUCAAACCCCACCCCUGCCACAUUUCUUCAUGUGGAGUUACAUCAGGAAGGACAUCUGGUGUAAAACUUGUAUGAGUUUGAUGGAACAGUGAGCAGAUUGCAGUAUGAGCCACCUGGGCACGAGCAGCGUCUUCUACCAGAUCCAUAUUAACAACAUGUCCCGUGUUUUCUGCUUCAUCUUCUCCUGGCUGGGCCAUGGAUUUAAACAAUCUUCAGGUCCCAAGAUCACUUCCUGAAAGACAACUUGGCAUUACUUUUCCCAAUAAAAGUGUCAAGAAUGAACACAACAUGUGUUUAACUUAUUUAGUUUUAAAAGUUUUUGGUGUGGAUCUUGAGCUUUGUGUUGAGAGGAGGUAAGAGACACGAUCAUGAGAUAAGAAAUGGUUAAUGUUUUUUUGCAGCUCGGCUAAUUGAGCAAGCUGUCCAUCGAUUCCCAAGUCAAUGAUAAUCACUCACAGUCACUGAUAAUAUACCAGUAUUGAAUAGAGUAGGGCCCAGAACACUUCCCUGGGUUCAAAUUUUCAAGUACUGCGUGCACAAACACUUUUCAGUGCGGUCUGGUGGAGCCAGAUGUUGAUUUAGUUUGUUCACUUUUGUCAAAUCCAACAGUGUUGCCUUGUGAUGCCAUAAAGAACCUUGUCCUUAUGUCACAAAGAAAACUAUUGUCAAGCAUGUAAUGAUUUUAUUUUUUGAUGCUUUACAGUAAGAGUACAAUUAAUUCAUGUAUUAUGCUUUGACUAAGUGAAUCGAGUUACCUUUGCCUAGUAAUAAUUUAUGACGGGUGUUCAUGAUAAAUAAUUUAUACAUUUAAUAAUUUAUAAACAUAAUGAUUAUUAAUAAAUUACUAAACAUUUGCACUGGUAAA